GGCGCCAUGGUGGUAGCAAAGGAGAUCGAGGGAUGGCUGGAGAAGAUACCGCUGAGGAAGGGGAUGAAGAACCUGGCGAGGGACUUCAGCGAUGGCUGCAUGUGUGCGGAGGUCAUCAAGAACUUCCUGCCCACGGCCGUCGACCUUCACAACUACUCGGAGUCCCUCUCGGUGGCCAGGAAGCGAGAGAAUUGGAUAGUUCUGAACCACAAGGUCCUGAAGAAGCAUCUUGGCAUCAAUCUAGGGAAGGGGGACAUUGAGGAUCUUUGCAGUGGCGCCAACGAUUCUGCUGAGAAGCUCCUGCUGCAGAUCAAGAAGAAGAUAGAAUCGAAACUGUCCAAAGUAGCCCAGACAAAGAAGGAGCAACAGGCUGGCGCGAAGGUAAACGACGCGAAGCAAUUACACAGGGAGCAAGGGAAGACAGAUAGAGAAGAGAAAUCGUAUGCAAUAGAGGAAAGAAUGCCUGAGGCAAAAGCUCCGACACAGGAAAACAAGAACCCAUAUCAAGCUCGACUCGACUCUCUCGAAAGCCCUCAUGCUGUUUCUGAUUAUGACCAGCAGCCAUCACAUCGGAAGUUCUUCGAACCGCAGAACCUCAUGAGCAGAGGACAACAGCCCGUUCAACCAAGCAGUUACCAGGGAAAUGACAGGAAUGGUUAUGAGCAAAACUUUGCCAUGAACAAGAUGUUGCUGGAGAUGGCCAACUACAACCUGUCACAGUUUGAUCUUCGACGGAAUGCUGCAAAGCCGC